AUGCGAACGGAGGAAGCUCGAACAAUCGCACUGCUUGACGCGAAAGGUGUCGAAAACUACGAAAUCGUGCUGCUGGAUCUGCAACCUGAGCGCUGGGACGAAAUGACGUCCGUGAGCCGCAGUAAGCGUCUUCCUCAAGUUCACGUGGACGGAAUAUUCUUUGGUACCGUUUUGGAUUCCAACAUCAUUCUUGAAGCAUUUGGCCACGCAACAACGUCGAUGAACCUCAACUCGUCGAGGUUUGGGAAGGUUACAACCUUGCAAGUUUCAUUUGGGCUUCAUCCAUGGGAAUUCCAGAUUUGUGGGUGCUGCAUCUCACCGUUCCUGCUUGAGAAAUCGCGCGUAACACGCGAAAAGAUUGGUCCAGGGCGGGACCAAAGUGACAUGAACUUUCACAUUCUGUACGCGAUGGUGGCUGGUGUUAAUGAGUUCCCAUUCAUGCACCUGCUGGCAAAGGAUCUUCGCCUCGACGGUGUCAAUUGCUCUGCUUUUAUGUAUCUGGGUCGCUCUGAUCAUCAGCUUGCAGAAUUUGUGAGUAAAGAGGACACUUGGAAAAAAGACGUGGAGAGAUGGCAGCAAGUUAUUGACUGCAUGGAUGAACUGAGUCUAUCCCCAGAUCAGCAAAAAUCAAUCUUCAAAGUGCUGAGUGCUGUAUUGUGGCUAGGCAAUAUCGAGCUGGAUUACAAGACAGAAUCGAAAAAGUUGGUCAUGUCUUCGAAGUGUGUACCUGAUGCUCCUGGGCGAGUAGUCGAACUAUUGGAGUUGGGGUCGGUGGAGCAAUUGGAGCGGAUGCUGACGACGAAAAGUGUGACUUUGCAGUCGACGAAUGAGGUCUUCGAGGUAGCUUUGGAAAAGGGUCAAGUCAAUCAUGUCCGAGAUUCACUCGCACGCUUGCUGUACCAGCUUGUUUUUGACUAUAUUGUGGACGCCAUGAAUGAUGCAACGAAGUUGGAUACGCCAGCGGAUGGGGCUACGGACGUAUCUCGCCAAGAUGUGGCAUCAUUGAAAAUUAUUGACGUGUUUGGUUUCGAAGAUCUCUCGUGCAAUUCGCUGGAUCAGCUAUGCAUCAACUAUCUAAGCGAAAAGCUUUACGCCAGGGAGGAGCAAGUGGUGCUAGCUGCCUACAGCAGCAACGUUGCUUUAGGUCCGCGGCUUUUCGCCUCACUGGAGGAAUUGACGAUUCUUCACCAGAGUGAAAAUGAGACUGCACAGCAGGAAGAGAAGCGAAACAUGUUGUUUGUGCGCAACAUCUACGAGCGCAACUCAACCCGACUGCUAGACCCACCGCGCGUGGUAAAUAAUGGGAAGCGCCGAUCUUCGGUGGCGCUAACCAUACUACCUUUUGUGAUCCCCCACACGCGCGGAAAUGUUAUCUACGACGCGAGCGAUUUUGUGAAGAAAAACUCAGAUUUCGUGUACCCAAACCUGUUGGAAGGUCUCAAAGCGUCGAGUAGCGUUCAUGUCCAGCGAAUGCUGGAUACCAGUCACAAAAUG